AUGGUAGUAGUAGUUUCAACACUCAUCUUCCAGUUCUUGAAGCGUGAAUUGGGAAACUUGAUUGUGACCGGUAGUGAUGUGAAUGAGAUAGAAACGUUCAAAGGCAAAAUGAUGAAAGAGUGUGAAAUGACAGAUUUAUUAAAGCUAACAUAUGUUCUUGGCAUGGAAUUCACUGAGAUUUUUGAAGGAUGUGUUAUGCAUCAAAUGAAGUAUGCAUCUGAUAUAUUGAAGAGGUUCAAAAUGGUGAGCUGCAAUCCAUUAUCAUCACCUACUGAAACUAAUUUUAAAAUGGUGGUGAAUGAAGAAGAAGAACUAGUAGAUCCUACAUUGUUCAAGCAUAUUGUGGGAUCACUAAGGUAUAUGUGCAAUAGUAGACCUGAUAUUGCAUAUGCAGUUGGUAUAAUCAGACGAUUCAUGAGUGAACCAAGAGCAUCUCACCUGCUAGCAGCUAAAAGAGUGAUGAGAUACAUCAAAGGAACACUAGAAUUGGUUGGGAAUAAGCGAGAUAGGAAGAGCACAUCAGGUUACCUAUUCAAGUUUCUGAAUGCUCCAAUUUCAUAG